UCACUACUAUUUCCGGCAGUCCGUGAAGGCAGCCGCUCAAGAGGAAGGAUUCCUGUUAACGUCUCUGCUCGUGUAAAGCGAUCUGAAUGCUUCGGCUUUGUCAACAUGGUCUUGAAUGUUUAUUCAGGCCGUUUCCAGUUUGAUCCCCACCUUGUAACUUCCUCGCAGGCGUGCUAACACAUUCCUAAUGGAGUCUUUUAACGAGCCCAGCUAGCCUCGCUGCGGACAUUGUUUUCGUCGUAGCCACAGUCGGCUAACCAGUCGUUGUGUUAGCGAACAUGGCGAUUGUGUCUGGCUCCUGUGCCAGGGUGAACGGCUCCAGAAACGGGCCUUCGGUGUCGGCCACGACGGCCUCUGGCUCCGUGGGGCAGUCUCAGCCCAUGAUAGCGGUCUGGGAGUGGCAGGACGACCUGGGCUACUGGCGGCCUUACAGCGGCCAAGUUAGCGCCUACAUCGAGCGGUGUCUGUCACCGCGCGGCCACCGGGGAGGCGGUGGAGCCGGCGUUACAAGCAUCUGCCUCGGACAGUCGGACCCCAGCCUGUCGCCCUACCUCAUAGACAUACCGAGCCUGAAGCAGUUCCGGCAGGAUACAGGAAAGACGCGCUCCGUGCGCCGGUCCCUGUUCGCCCAGUCCUCCGGCCUCGGCAGCGGCGUCUACUGGGAAUGGGCCAACGACGAAGGCAGCUGGACUCCGUACGAGACCCGGACUUCCAUCCUUUUGGAGCACAGCUACCAGGCGCGCCAGGGCACGGCCGACCUCGGCCCCCACGGAUACAACUACAUCGUGGACCUGACGUCUCUGGCCCAGGUCAAUAAAUCGACGGGCUUCAGGCGUCAGGUGCGGCGGCAGUGCAACCUGCCCUACCCACUGGCCUCCUCCGGGCCCCCACCCCCUACCUGUUCCUGCCAGCAGUGUCUGAGCCACAGCAGCACAGGACCAAUGCCCAGCCGCUCGCGACAUUCCUUCUCCUCCAGUAGCCUGAACCGGCCCAUCCUCCAGGGGACGGGGAGGGUCGCUGCUGCUCACCCCGCUUCCGUCUACUCACCCUACCCCAGGAGACCCCUCUCUGUGGGGGGGAUGUCUUGGGGCAGCCCCUGGCCGCCGCCCUCUGCUGGUCAGAUGUCUGCGCCUCAUCUGAGCGGCUCUCCCAGUGCUAACGGGUUAAGUGUUCCUUCCAUCUCUGUGCAGCUGAACGGCUCCACCAGCGUGAGCUCUGCCCUGGCAGGCAUGGCCUCCAUUUUGAUGUCAGCGGUGGGACUCGGCGUGCACUUCACCUCCGCUCCCCUCCCUCAGCAGCAGCCCCUGCAGCAGCAGCAGCAGCAUCAGCAGCAACAACCUGCUCCUUUUGCUCUUCCUCCUCCUCCUCCUCCUCCUCCUCUCCUCCCCACAGCCAGCAGGCCCCACAGCAGCAGCAGCAGUUCAGUUAGGAGAGCAAAGAGGCAGCACAGGAGAGCGCCAGGCCAGAGGUCCGAAGACGUGAUCCAGCGCUACAUGGAGGUCGUGGCUGACGCUCCAGAGGAGGACUGCAUCAUCUGCAUGGAGCAGCUGUCCAAUCCGUCCAGCUACGAGACGCCGCCGUCGGAGGAGGGAGGCCAGAGCAUCGCGCCGGAGGCCGUGGGGAAAUUCAUCAAGUGUGGUCACACCCUGCACAUGCUCUGCAUGCUGGCCAUGUACAACAACGGAACAAAGGACGGCAGCCUCCAGUGUCCGUCCUGCAAGACCAUCUAUGGAGAGAAGACCGGCACGCAGCCCAAAGGCAAGAUGGAGAUCUACAGCGUUGCUCAGUCGCUGCCUGGUCACCCCGACUGCGGCACCAUUCAGAUCAUCUACAGCAUCCCGCCUGGCUUACAGGGCCCGGAGCAUCCCAACCCAGGACAGCCGUUCACCUGCAGGGGGUUUCCUCGCUUCUGUUUCCUCCCCGACAACGACAAGGGCAGGAAGGUCCUGGAGCUGCUGAAGGUGGCGUGGAUGCGGCGCCUGAUCUUCACCGUGGGAACGUCCAGCACCACCGGUGAGCACGACACGGUGGUGUGGAACGGCAUCCACCACAAAACCGAGAUGAUGUCCAACCUGUCGGGCCACGGCUACCCCGACCCAAACUACCUGGACAACGUUCUGUCAGAGCUGGCCUCGCAGGGCGUGACAGAGGACUGCCUCAAACCUCCGGGCAGCGGCAGCAGCAGUUAGGUCGCAGCUUCGCACAUUUCCACUCCACUGCAAACCUCCAGCUCAGCUCUCAGCUGAGGGGAAAAAGAAAUAAACACAACCAUAAUCUCUGCAGAGAAGCUGCCUGGUUCAUAUGCUGCUGCAUUUCUGCACGUUACAAAACAGAAACGAUGGGAGGGGGAAAAAAACAAACAAAAAAAAAACCCGCAGGCCUCAUCUCCGUGUUCGCCUGCUCCUUCAAACCUCCAAAACACUGGACAACUCGUGAUUUUUACCCCCCCCCUCAUCCCAGCCACGUCAUUAUCCUGGUCUUUCAGCUGCAGCGGGAAGCAGAGCUCACUCUGGGAAUGAGAAUCUCAUGAAGCACUUUAGCUCUUACAGUGCAUUCAGCUGACACGGCGACAGUUACUUUAUUCAGUUGUUUUAUUUCCUGUUGGUAAAAGCUGGGAACAUGUGCAGCCGGAACACUAAACUUCAAGUAGCAACGUCAGUUCAACAAACACAUUUGAUGAGAAGAGGCAAUACUUCAGUUGUAAAUAAAAAUAUAAAUGCAUUAAAAAUAUGAAAAAAAACAAAAUGCCAUAAAAGUUGUCUUAUUUUUUGUUAGCGUUAUUGUUUAGCCAUCUUCUAUUUAAGCCUUCAAA